AAGUGCAACGAUUUCAAUUCAUUAGCUUAAUCGAUUAUUAUUGGUUUCAUUCCGUCGUCAUGGCUUCAGCCACACAGACUCAAUUGGGGAAUGCAACAAUAUUGCUCAUAGCUUUAAUGGCCGCAUCUCUCCAUCUCACAGCUGGUCAGAUCGGAGUUUACUACGGAAGAAACGGCGACAACUUGCCAUCUCCGGCGGCGGUGGUGGGCUUAUACAAGCAAUACAACAUCCAGAGAAUGCGAAUUUACGAACCAUACCACCCUGUUCUCGACGCCCUCAGAGGCUCCAACAUCGAGCUCACCGUCAGCGUCCCCAACAUCAACGACCUCCAGUUCGUCGCCGGCAGCCAGGCCAACGCCAACCAGUGGGUCCAAGACAACAUCCGGAGCUACUUCCCCGCCGUCAACUUCAAACACAUCGUCGUCGGCAACGAAAUCUCCCCCAUCAAGAACAGCCAGUACACCUCUUUCGUACUCCCCGCUUUGCAGAACGUACAGAACGCAAUCUCCGCCGCCGGCCUCUCCCAGCAGAUCAAAGUCACCACCGCCGUCGACACGGGCGUUCUGGGUAACGCUUAUCCUCCCCAGAACGGCGUUUUCCGCGGCGACGUCGUCGGGUACCUCGCCCCGAUCAUCCGGUUCUUGUCGGAUAAUGGGUCGCCGUUAUUUGUCAGCAUAUACCCGUAUUUCUCCUACGUGGAUAACUCCGGCCAGAUCAACCUCAAUUAUGCUCUGCUUCAGCCCAACAGCGGCGUCAACGCCGGUGGGGUGUACUACGACAAUCUUUACUACGCGUUUGUGGAUGCAAUGUAUGCGGCGAUGGAAAAGGUUCUGAAUGGUGCCGCAGCAGCGUCGUCUUCUUCGCUGUUAUACGGUUCUGUUAAGGCCGGCGGGAAGUAUGUUCCGCCGGUGAAGGGAGGAGAGUCUGGUUGGCCGAGCCGCGGCGGCGGAGGGCCGGCGAAUUUCGACAAUGCAAGGAUAUACAACAAUAACUUGGUUCAGGUGGUGAAGAAGGGAACACCCAAAAGACCAAACCAACCAAUUGAGACUUACAUAUUUGCUAUGUUUGAUGAAGAUCAGAAGCAGCCUGCUGGGGUGGAGAACAAUUUCGGUCUUUUUACUCCAAACGCCCAACUCAAAUACCCAAUCAAUUUUAACUGAAUUGCAAGACAGCUAAAAACUACUUAUGUUUACUUCAAUAAAACAAAAACUGAUGUUGUAUCCUUACUUGGAAUAUAAUAGCUGGUAAUUAAGGAGUGCUUAAUCAAAAUGAUUAUUCUAAGCUCCAAAUCUGGUGUUAUUGGGUGUACCUCUUAUGUGAUGGGUUAAUAAAAGAGAAAUGGUUCCAUCUAAAAGCUAUUUAAAGAUUUGCGCAAAUUUAGUUUGUUAUUUCAUACCCAGUCAUUGUUGGAUUGAAAUUGUGUGCAUUUGUCAAUGGUAUCAAGGAG